AAGACCCUCCUGAAUCCUUACACAAUUCAAUAUCUUGUACUUUUUUCUCUUUCUUUACUUCUCUUGAAAUUCAAGAAUUUUAAAACUGAAUCUACAGAGAAAAGAAAUGCAGUCAACAACUCUUAGUGGCAACUAUGGCUUUCCUCUCUGCAUCUCUGGGAUCGGUCAACAGUUAUCUCUCUCCAAAGAAAUGGCAGAUCAUGACCAGAGAAGGAAGGUGAUAAAGGAAAGAAGCAGAUCAGAAGAGUCCAGGAGCCAUGGUGAGGAAGAAAUAGUGGGUGUGGAGAGAUUCGAUGAGCUAUUAUGGCUUCAGGAGAUGAGAGAGAGUGAGGAUGUCAGAGAUCUAAUUGCUUUAUUCCAAGAUCUAGUAUCGUGGAGCUUUUCUUCUCACACAGCUAGAGCUGCUUAGUGUUGAGAAACCUUUAAAAACACUGGAGAUCUUUUAAGUAAUGUAUGUUACUUUUCUUUUAAGUUGUGCAUGUUUCUUGUAAAACUGCAGAUCAAGAAUCCUUAGCUGGAUAAGAACUUUAAAAUAUUCCUAAUGUUUUCACAGUCGUUUAUUUGUCGUUAGGCCUGGAUGUUUUGCUGCCUCUUUUGGACUUAUCCUAUGGGUUUGGUUUUCACAGUCGUUUGUUUACACGUAUAACUACUGCUCGACAAGCUUUAUCUAAUUUAAAUCUUUCUUGUCAUUUGAUAA